AACAGCGCCAUCUUAUUUAUGGCAACUUCCUCUUUUCCCCCAUCCCAUCCGUCGGUGUGAUUCUGAAACUGCCGGUGACUGUUGGGAACGGAGUACAGUAACAAUGAUUCUUUUAGAAAUAAAUAACCGUAUUGUUCAGGAGACGCUGACCCUCAAAAUCAAGAAUAUUCUUGACGGAGGUAAACCAGACAGUGUUGACAUAACAGUUGCAGAUUUUGAUGGAGUUCUGUUCCACAUGUCAAAUCCUGAUGACAACAAAAGCAAAAUUCUUAUCAGCAUCUCCUUGAAAUUCUAUGUGGAGCUUCAGCAGCAUGGUGCUGACGAGCUAAUCAAGCGUGAAUAUGGUUCCAUUCUCACAAGUCCUGAAGCAGGAUACAAUGUGUCACUUUUGUUUGACUUGGAAAACAUCCCUGACAACUGGCAGGAGCUGGUGAGCAAAGCCAGUCAUCUCAAGAGGAACUGUUUCGCCUCUGUGUUUGAGAAGUACUUUCAGUUCCAAGAGAAUGGACUGGAGGGAGACACUCGAGCCGUGAUCAACUAUCGUGAUGAUGAGACCAUGUACGUGGAAGCCAAGAAGGACAGAGUUACUGUGAUCUUCAGCACCAUCUUCAAAGACGAUGAUGAUAUUGUCAUAGGAAAAGUAUUUAUGCAGGAGUUCAAGGAGGGCCGGAGAAAGUACCAGCAGGCACCGCAGGUGUUGUUCAGUCAUAAAGAGCCCCCACAGGAGUUGCAAGACACCAACGCCCGCACUGGUGACAACAUUGGCUACAUCACAUUCGUUCUGUUUCCAAGACACACCAACAAAAAGGCACGUGACAACACGAUCAACCUCAUCCACAUGCUGAGGGACUACUUGCAUUACCAUAUAAAAUGUUCCAAGGCGUACAUUCAUCAAAGUAUGAGAGCUAAAACCUCCGACUUUCUGAAAGUGUUGAACCGAGCGAGACCAGAGGUGAAGGAUAAAGAAAAGAGAACCAUCACGGGCCGGACGUUCAAACAGAACUGAAACUGAUUGCCACCUAGAACCAACAGAUUUUGCUGACACAUCCAUUCUUCCCACAAACAGUUAUCAAGGUGCUCGGACUCAAGCUCUUUUCGAACUAAGAAUCAAAGAAAACCAUGUCAUUGUGCUUUUUUUUUUUUCGCCUUGAGAGUGUUAUUUAUUCAAUUAUAACAGAAGAAACAAGACAAAAUGACGUAUUCAGCUUUUGCUUCUUUUUUAAAGUACGGUACACAGAAGGUUGCAAAUACGCAAGAGUGUUUAUAAAGGUAUAAAGAGUGUUUAAAAGAUAAUAAAGAGUGUUUAAAAGACAAUAAAGAGUGUUCAAAGUUGAAUCUUCCAGGAACUACUUUCUGUCCAUCAAGGAUGGGGGGGGGGUCAGGGGUCAAUACUACAGGGACUCGCCUCGUUUUCCGCUCAUAAAAAGAUGCAAAAGUUACUCUGUUGAUAUCAUGUGCAGUCACUACGUUACACCUAGUGCUUGCGCUCUUUCAUUGCUGCGAACUCCAUUGCCUUAUUUAUAAUGAAUGUCAAGUUCAUACUACUUUUACUAUCUCUCCAUCUCUUUCUCUCUCUUUCUCUCUCUCUCUCUCUCUCUCUCUCUCUCUCUCUCUCUCUCUCUCUCUCUUUCUCUCUCUUGAUAGCAUGGUCUCCUGUGUUGUCCGUUUCCCUCAUUCCUACCUGAUCCCCCUCCCCUCUGUUGAUUCUCUCAUUACCUCCCCCUCAUUAAUGAAAUGUCCUGUAUUGCUUUGGCCUUCCACGUUUGUUUCUUUAAAUAGCUUAGUGCGUUGUGAGGGGACAACCUCAAUUUUUUCUCAGAUUUAUUCCAAGGUGGUAAGAAAGGGGUGAAUGAUUUUACAAUAUAUGAGGUGUUUAUGAGAUGAGAUGACAUGGAUUUGGUCAGGGCAUCCCCUUGGGCUGUGUCUGUUAAGAUUGGCUUUGACUUGUUGAGGUAGCUAAGACCAGCACACAGAGUGUCCACAUCUGGCUGGCUGGUCUGUUGCCCCCAUCUGGCAAUUCUGGAUUGGAUUAAUCUAUGCAGACUUCACACUUAAACCUGUAAACUCUUUUUCACAUUCUUUUUUUUCUCUUUGCUUUUCUCCUUUAUCUAAUUCAUUUGGUUCAUUCCACUGUCCUUUUUUAUCCCUAGACUAUUUGUUCUGUAAAUUUUUUUUUUCCCCGUUUUUAUUUCCUGGAAGUUGUAGUCAAAUACUCUUUUCUUUCUUUGUAUGCUAUCAGGGCAGUGUGACAUGAAUGAAGUGUUGUUUCAUUUAGCAGAGUUUGUUUGUUUUGUUUUAACUGCAGUAUGUUUUGUCGUAUUUAGUUCCUUGUGAUAAUUAUGAUGAUAAGAAGACUGAACGGCCACGGCUGUUCUCAUUUCUUCCGACCAAAGUCUGGCCGCUUGUUGUGGCAGUUGCGUCCUGUGUCGAAUGUGAUAAUUGGUGUUGCCACUCUUGACCAAUACUGAUUUCCUGUGACUUCCACCAUGUUUGUUCCCUGUUUGUUGUUGCAUUUUGGAGAGAGCAGCGGAGCGUCCACGGACGUGUCCGGAAUGCUGGGAUGUUGCUUCCUGAAACAAUCAACAAUUGUUCCAUGUUGGUAUUUUCGUCGCUGCGGUACUGUGUGAACAUGGGUAGAAGCUUUUCAAGAGCACUGGUGGCUGCUGUGGUAUUCUUAGAGAGAGGCUUGGGGGUGUGUUUUGUUAGUUAUUACUUUUGGUGGGACUCUAGGCUCUUCUUAGAUUGAUAGCUUGCUUGGUUUCUGUUGAUGGUCCCUCCUGUAUCAACCAUUGCCUAUAUCUCUAUCCUUUGUUUCAGCUGUUGCGCUCGUCUGUUUCCGCUUUCUUUCAUUUUUAUAUUUGCAUUUUUGUAUAUUUGUGUUUCGAUUUAGUCAGCUAAAUGAUUUAAAUUUAUUUGAUCGCUAUUGUAUACGGUCUGUAUAUAAUAAGGUUAGGUAAGACUUUUAUUUUGACAAGUUUUCGUAAGGAUGCUUGUCGUUUGCCAUUUGUUUCAGCUGCCUUAUCAAUGGACCCCUGCUUAGGAAGAACUUUGUGUCCACAGUACUCUGUCAGAAUGAAGUGUGUGCGGGGAUUUUUGUGUUUUGAUCUCACGAAUGGUUGUAUUUUGUGGGGUGAGAGUGGUACAGUUUGUGUUAUGUUAUAUAUAUAUGGUCAGCUUGUUGUUUGAUGGGAGCUUGUCCUGGCAAAAGUGUCCAUUGAUUUUUUUUUUUUAAUUAAAGUUACUCUCCAUUUUUACAGCUUGAGUUGAGCUCAUGUGUAAGGGUCACUGUUCUACGGCAUAUCAGUAUCAGAGACGCUGGCUUGGUAAGCGUGUGGUGACCGACCUUGGUCGAAAAAAAAAAAGAGUUUGCACCUUCUAUUGCAAUGUGGCCCAGUUGUGGGAAUGUGGUGUGGUGAGACAGAUACUGUGAAUGUUUCUGGUCAUUGUCUUUGUGGUAAUGCAAGAGAUGAAAGAGUCUUUUUUUUUUAAGAGCGUUUUUUGCGUGAUGUGUCGAGUUCACAUGAGUUCUCAAGAGUUUGUGUUAUUACACUUGCCCAGUUUGCAUCAGAACAAAGACUGACACCUCGUAACACUGGACAUGUACACUUCUUUUGUGUAACAAUAUAAAUUGUAUAUUUAUCUUACAAUAAAGAUUACUUUAUGUUACUGCGAGCUCA